AGCAAAAGUAGAAGAGAGCGGAGACGACCAAACAGAAAAUCAUAUGGAAGGUCAAACAGAAGGUGAAACAGCAAAUCCGGAUCAAGUAUUAGGUAAGGAUGAUACUGACCUUGUCAUUAUUUAAAAAAAAGUCCAAUGGUUCUAAAUCAAAAGCAAAAAAGGAGGACCAAGCGAAAGAAGAAGAGAGCUGAAAAAAGAAAGAAAGAAAAAAUCAUAUAGAAGGUCAAACAGAAGGUGAAACAGCAUAUCCAGCUCAAGUGUUAUGUAAGGAUGAUACUGACCUUGUUAUUCUUUUUAAAAAGUCUAAAGGUUCUAAAUCAAAAGCAAAAGAGGAGGACCAAGCUAAUGUAGACAGUGGAGAAAAACAAAAAGAAAAUCAUAUGGAAGGUCAAAUAGAAGGUGAAGCAGCAAAUCCAGAUCAAGUGUUAGUGGUGCCAUACAGGGUUCGUUUCUCCGAUACGAUAUGGAAGGACGCUAUGAUCCCUAACGAUGGAGUGCCAUUCUUCAGCGUGUCACGGUUCAUGUGUUCCUGUGUCUACGGCAAGGAUAGGCAUUCCAGAGAGAAGCAGAGGAAUCGAAGAGUGAUGAGAGAGCAAAAGAGAUUUCUAGAAGAAGGAACCCCACUACCGAAGAGGAGAAACAGAGUUGGUACGAGAAAGGUUUGCUGCCCUGCCAUGCUUGCAAUGAAGAAAGUUGUGCGUCUCCCGGACUUCAAGGCGGACGCACUUACACCAAAAAAGUGCAGAGAAGUCAGGGAGCUUGUGCGAACCAAGCUGCUAGAGGGGGAGGAUGUGAAGAAAGAGAUCCGUGUUUAUAUCAAGCUUCCAAAGGAUGAUGAACAUGCAAAGCAUGAGCUAGUCGAGGAACCGAAGAAGAAACGGAAGAAGAUGUUCAGGUACAACCAGAACUGCCCCAAGGCCACUCUGGAUGACAUUGAGAAGGCUUACAAGGUCGUACAGGACAGCGCCCUCUGUGUACGGACUCCCAUGAUGCACCACGCUCAAGACUGUCUGGGGCUGGACGUUGGUUGCGACCUGAGUCUCAAGCUUGAAAACAUGCAGAAAACAGGUUCAUUCAAGGUGAGAGGUCUAGCCAAUCAGCUGGCUCACAUUCCCCAGUACAUGGCCAAAAGACAACUGGAACUAGUCACUAUGUCAGCAGGGAAUUAUGGGAAGGCGUUCUCGUUUGCUCUUCAUGAGCUUGGUUAUAAGGCGAGGGUGCUCAUGCCUGAUACAGCCCCACAGAACAGGGAGGAUACCAUGAAGGGUUAUGGAGCUGAAGUUGAGAGACUACCCAGCAUUGAACUUCAGCCCACCGUUGAUCGCUAUGUAUCUGAAGAGGGCAUGCACUAUCUACAUCCCUUCGAUGAUAUACAUUUGAUAUGUGGUCAUGGAAGCACAGGUUUAGAGAUUCUUGAAGAGGUGCCAGACCCUGAUGUCAUCCUGGUAUGCUGUGGGGGAGGAGGUUUACUCGCUGGAAUAUCCGCUGCUGUUAAACUCUCAGGCAAAUCUCAUACAAGGAUCUACGGGGUGGAACCGGAGCAAGCCUGUCUUAUGUAUAUGAGCAAGCAGCUAGGCAAGGUUGUGCAAAAUCCUUCAGUUCAUUCCAUCGCCUCUGGAUUAGCUCCUCCUUAUGCAGGUAACAAUGCCUAUCGACACGUCGCCAAAUACGUAGAUGAAAUCCUGUUAUUAAGCGAGGCUGAGAUCAUUGCCUCUGUCUCCCGUCUUUACCACGCCGGCCUGGUGGUGGAGCCAGCGGGGGCCGCAGCCUUUGGGGCGCUUCUCUUUGAUAAAGUGCCCGACGUCAAGGGCAAGAAGGUGGUUGUGGUGAUCACCGGGGGCAACGUCUCUCCGCAAGAACUUUGCAACAUUGUGCAGACAACGCCGUGCCAGGAUCCAUCGGAUGACGAGGUUGCAAGAAACAAUUUGGACCUGCAGAAGAGUGUCUCAGUUAACAAUGAAGUGCAACAUUAUGAAGAGAACGUCAUUACAGGAUCCGUGCAACAUUGUGAAGACAUCGUCGCUACAGUGUCUAUACAAUGACGGGGGUUUAAAGAAACAAUUUGGACCAGCAAGGACAGAAUGUCUCAGUAAAACAUCAUGAAACCAUCAUCGAAAACAUCAUGACAGGAUCUGUACUGUGACAAAGAUUGCAAUAAGCCGUGUGGGACCUGCAAAACAAUAUUCUCCUUUCCAGGGGAGUGUUUCUCAAAGACAAAGAUCGACUUUA